AUGGGCACCAUCGCCCCAACCAAAGUUCAAAUCUACACCUAUUAUCCGCAAAAUUUCUGGAAAUUCGAAUACGAAAAAGUUGCCUACACACGUUUUAUGGAUUCAGCACUCAAGGAAGAGCUCUUCGAGAGUGUGCUACUCGACGUACCUGGGCUUGUUGAGCACCUUUUCCCCGAUUCACUCUUUCCUAUUCCUUUCAGUUCGCUUGAGAAUGCAGUUUUAGAAACGCACUGGGACUCUCGACAGAAGGUAUGGAAAGUAUAUGGUGCCGUGAAACCAUCCAUAUUUGUUACCAGCGCAAAACCAGGGGUAGCUGAGACAGAUCUGGCGACGUUCUUCAACACAAUCAGCGAGACUCUCAUAGAAGUCUCAAAUUCCACCGAAAAAUCGUUCAAACUGUCCAUCGACCGUCGCUGGGUUAGUAACAGCAGUAAAUCUAUGUUGUGGGGGCAUCAGGUUAAAAGAAAGCCUGAUAUUUGUUUGGCCAAUAAGGACAAAGCUGCGACGUGGCAUUCCACAUUGGUCACUACGGAAUUGAAGUUGAAAGCAUCGGAUGCCAAUGACGCCUUCAACCAGCUAGCCAAUAGUGCCUGCACAAUAUUCUCCACUCAGGAUGAUCGCCGUUUCCACAUCGGCCUGUCCAUUUGCGAUACCUCUGUGCGCGUCUAUGUUUUCGAUCGAGCAGGAGUAAUCGGCUCCAGUCAUUUUCAUCUUAGCGAAGACGCGUCUUUGCUCAUCCGUCUCAUCGCCGGUUUAACUCUGACUGAUGUUGGCGCCCUUGGCUUUGACCCGUCAAUUAAACGCAAUGACGAUGGCAGUAGGACUGUUUCUGUUGCAGGUGUUGAUUACCGAAUCCUCAAAACGUUGUUCAUCAGCGAUUCUAUUCGAGGGAGAGGAACUGUUUGCUGGAAAGCGUCUAGUGGGGGAUCUGAAUAUGUCAUCAAGAAUUCUUGGACUGAUGUCUCUCGAUUGAAGACCGAGGCCGAUAUCAUGCGUAUGGCCGAUGGCAUAGAGGGCAUUGCGCAGCUUAUUGCUGAGGAGAUUGUUCACGACAAUUCGCUCGAUAAUACCAAUGUCAAGGAUUACAAGCGCAUGGACUGGUAUGACAAGCUGGAAGUGCGAGUACACCGUCGAUUGGUGACCACUCCUGUAGCCCAGCCAGUGGAAUAUUUCAAGAGCAAGAAAGAAUUGCUAUCUGUUAUUAUAGAUGGGAUUGAAGCGCAUGCCCGGUUACUGGAGAAGCACAUCCUCCACAGAGAUAUCAGCAUGGCCAACAUCAUGAUACAUCGCCCGUCGCAGGGUUCUAGCAAUGACACCAACACUUCAUCAGCGGAGGUACAGAAACCAUCGACGUCAGUAGUUGCCUCUAAACGGUCCGUAGUAUCUGCAAAGGGGAUCCUGAUCGACCUUGACUAUGCAUUAAUAACCAACGACGAGUCUGGAAAAGAGACUCAGAGAGAGGCCGAUGCAACUGGACAUCGUACAGGAACGUUGCCGUUCAUGGCAAUAGACAUCCUCAUGAAUGCAACUGAAGGGGAGCAUCAAGCACACCACGAUAUUGAAUCGUUCUUUUACGUUCUCCUUUGGAUCAUGCUGCAGUAUGCAGGUCCCAGUGGGAUCGAAAGGCAGGACCUGGAUAUCAAAUCUGUGGACACGUUCAAGGGUUGGAUACAUGGCAGGGACAUUGCGCUCAUUGGGGCAACUAAAUGGGCGAUCAUGUCAACGGUACUCCCGCAAAUCUUCGAAGCGACCGUUACCAAAUUCGUCACUCUGUACUUCAAAGACUUGGUUCCGUGUAUAGAGGAGCUCCGCCAGUUGAUCUUUGUUCGAAGAAACCAAGGAUUCAACCCCACGCACGAAGCUGUCAUUGCAAUCCUGCGUAAGCAUAUGCUUAUGCUUCCCGAUGACGAUAAAUGGUCUCGCGAAAAUGACCCUGCAGGUUACGGCCCAGUUGGCGGAAAGAGAAAGCUCGAGACGUUCCAAGAAGAAGAGGAGGAAGCGGAGGAAGACCCACUCGAAGCGUCCCCUUCAGCAGGACGAAACAAACGAGCAAAGACUGCACCAUCGAGGUUAAUUCCUACAAGGCGCUCAGUCAGAAUCUAA